UGCGCCGAGUUGCGAACUUGCCAGACACUCUGCAGUUGCCCGCGAGCGGCGGCGACAGGUCCCAGUGCACGGUGCCGACAGAUGACCCGUGACCCCCCUGUGGCCGGGCCCCCAGGUGUAGCCCGCAUGGCCCUGGCCCGCGUCUUCCAGCGGCGGGACCUGUGAGUUGGCUGCUUCACGCGGAGACGCUCCCCCGGAAGGCGCGACCUGGACCCGGGAGAAUGAGCGCAGCUCGCGGGGGCUCCUCGGCUCCCGGCGGAGGGGACUCCGGCGACCGCGUGUUGUUCACUGUGGAGGGAUGUCCGAGCGGAGAGUCCCCUGUGACCCGCAGGAAGAGACUUCCUUCUGCGGAGGACGCGCGGUGCAGCGCCCGGCCUCCCCCCGAGGGCGCCGGCUCGGUGUCCAUCUCCGAGGCGCAGGAGAGAGAGGGAGGCUUCUGCCCGCAGUGCGAGAAGAACGUGUCCGAGCUGAGGAGGCAGGCGCUGGCACUGGCCGACCAGAACUCACUAAAGGACCCUGGAUAUACAAGCUUUCUGUUUGAGCAGCUUCAAACACCUGGGAGCCAUGAAGCUGGCGUCAGCUGUUGCCAAGUGUGCUCCACGCCGCUGCACCAACUGAGGCAGGAGGCCUUGCAGACGCUCCAUGCCCCCGUCGUCACCUUCAGCCCCGACAUGGCAGCCCUGCCCGCUAAAUCCUUUUUACCGCAGCCUUCCAGAUUCGCUGUGUCGUCCUCAAGCGUCCAUGCAAAACAACUGUCCAAAGCCCAGGCCGUCACCCACAGUGUCCUGCCCCUCGGGGAGCGGCACAGGGUGCCUGGCUGGUCGCAAAGCCCCACCGUCUCCUCGGGGCCGAAGACCAGCGUCCAGGUGACGGUGGCAGGAGGGCAGCUCACUGGAUCCCUGAACUCCGUCACCAUCCAGGCACAGCAGUACCUCGAGGACAUGUGGAGCAUCUCCAGUGUCAACAACUUCAUCCCUCAGCCGAAAACGGCCCAGGGCCUGAUGGGGGAUGCAGACAGGGUUGUCACAGCCUCGGAGGCCCCCGUCACCGCCACCGCCACCACCAGCACCACCAGCAGCAGCAGCAGCAGCAGCAGCAGCAGCAGCCUGACGUCCUGCCGACCGGAGAGCUCCGGCCAACCGGGACUCCCGGCACCCGUCACCAGUAUCUCCACCUCCCCCUCUCCUUCCUCAUCUGCAGCAGCUUCCUUCUUCAUUAGGGCAGCUCAGAAGCUGAACCUGUCCUCCAAGCGGAAGAAGCACCAGCCCUCACUGCUCCACCCACAGGAGCCCUCCAUCUACCCCACCAACUUCAGCGGCAUCCUGCAGGUCUCACCGCCCCCGGCUCCGCCAUGCCUGCUCCGAGCCGUGUCCAAAGUGAAAGAGAACCCGGGGAUGGGAAAGGUGAAAGUGAUGAUGCGGAUCUGUCCAUCUCUGGAGGCUGCAGACUCCUCGGAGUCUCAGUCGUUUUUGAAAGUGGACAGUAGGAAGAAGCAGCUGACCCUCUACGACCCUGCGUCCAGCCCACACUCCAGUUCAGGACACAGGAGAUCUGCCACUGUGGCUGUCCCAAAGAUAUUCGCCUUCGAUGCUGUUUUUACCCAGGAUGCCUCACAAGCGGAGCUGUGCUCAGGGACUGUAGCUGAGGUCAUCCAGUCGGUGGUGAACGGUGCAGACGGCUGCGUCUUCUGCUUUGGCCAAGUCAAGCUCGGCAAGACAUACACCAUGAUUGGCAAAGACAGCUCCACUCAGAACCUCGGCAUUGUGCCCUGUGCCAUUUCCUGGCUCUUCAAGCUCAUCAACGAGCGCAAGGAGAAGACGGGCACGCGCUUCUCUGUCCGAGUGUCUGCGGUGGAAAUCUUUGGGAAAGAUGAGGAGCUGAAAGACUUGCUGUCUGAGGUGUCAACAGGCAGCGUGCAGGAAGGCCAGUCCCUGGGUAUCCAUCUGAGAGAGGAUCCCAUCUGUGGCACUCAGCUCCAGAAUCAGAGCGAGCUUCGUGCCCCGACAGCUGAGAAAGCCGCCUUCUUCCUGGAUGCAGCCAUCGCCGCGCGCAGCACCAGUAGACCAAAUGCAGAUGAGGAAGAGCGGCGCAACUCCCACAUGCUGUUCACCCUGCACAUUUACCAGUACCGCAUGGAGAAGAGCGGCAAGGGAGGAAUGUCAGGUGGACGGAGCAGGCUGCACCUCAUCGACCUGGGAAGCUGUGAAAAGGUCCUGAGUAAAAGCAGAGACGGAGGGGGAGGCCUUUGUCUCUCUCUUAACGCACUGGGAAAUGUCAUAAUGGCUUUAACAAAUGGAGCAAAGCAUGUACCUUACAGGGACAGCAAACUGACAAUGUUGUUGAGGGAGUCCCUUGGCAACAUCAACUGCAGAACAACCAUGAUCGCCCACAUCUCUGACUCCCCAGCCAACUACGCUGAUUCACUCACCACUAUCCAGCUGGCAUCUCGAAUCCACCGCAUGCGGAAGAAGAAAUCCAAGUAUGCAUCCAGUUCAUCUGGAGGUGAGAGUUCUUGUGAGGAAGGGAAGAUCCGCCGGCCGCCUCACCUCAGGCCUUUCCACCCUCGGACAGUAGCCCUGGACCCAGAACUGCCCUCUCUGCUCAGUGACCCAGACUACUCCUCCAGUAGUGAACAGUCCUGUGAUACUGUCAUUUAUGUGGGCCCUGGGGGAACUGCAAUCUCAGACAGAGAGCUUAGUGACAAUGAAGGCCCACCUGCCUUUGUUCCAAUCAUCCCCUCACUGAAUAGGAGAAGGCCUGUGAAAGAGGGCCCUCUGGACAGAGACCAGUUCUUCAAGUGCAACACAUUUGCUGAGCUGCAGGAGAGGCUAGAGUGUAUAGAUGGCAGUGAAGAACCCACUGCCUUUGUUGGAGAGGUCAAGCGAAGCCAGGCUAGCCCCAAGACUGACAAAUCUAAGGAGGGCCAAGGCACUGUUUCACCAAAAAUUAUAGCAAAUAUUUCAUACAACCAAGAGGGCACCUCACCCAAACAAUCUCCUAAAUCUGUCACCACCCAACCGUCAUGCAGUCCCGACAGUAAAUCUAAACUUGACAAUGCCAAGAGGCAAUGCAUUCCUGCAGAAAGGGUACAACCUGAGAGUGUCCAAAAUGUGUGCAGAACCAGCGCUGAUGGUGAAAAGGCUGUGGUUUCUGAAAGCCAGUUUAGUACAAACAAACUAGCAACCGCUGCAGCUCUAAACUCUGAGCCUGUGGUAAGAGAGAAGGUCUAUUUCAACAAGAAAGCCCUGCCCAAGCCGGCUCCACCUCCUUCACAGCAGAGAGAAAAUACAGAUAAUGAAGAGAGAUCCAGCACCAGAAUGCCACCUGUGGGAAUGAGCCACCAAUCUGUUAAAAGGAGGGAUCCAUGCACUUCCCCUUUGCUCAGAGCUCCAUUGGGGGUGUGCCAGGUGCGCUCUACCUUGAGGGAGAGGUGUCUGGAUCGGGACAUCCUUAGAGCCACUGUCACCCUGCAGCAGCCUGUGGAACUAAAUGGAGAGGAUGAGCUAGUGUUCACUGUGGUGGAAGAGCUGUCUAUAGGCAGCAUUGUAGAUACAGGACGGCCAUCCAGCAUUAUCAGCUUUAACAGUGACUGCUCCCUUCAGGCCUUGGCCUCCGGCUCCCGACCUGUCAGCAUCAUCAGCAGCAUCAAUGAUGAAUUUGAUGCAUACACGUCAGCUGUUGGAGGAUCGGAGGUGAACAUUGCAGUGGUCACACCCCUCCAGGAGGGAGCCAUGGAGUGUAUUGACAGCAGGGGUUCAUCUAUUAGCUCUUGGCUAAGUGAGGUUAGUGUUUGCACCUUGGAGAGUGAAGGGGCUCAUUCUUCGGAUGUCUUCCUUCCUCAGGCAAAACACAUGGGACCAGAGGCCACUUUUUACUUUGAUUCGCUGGAGAUGUUCCAUUGUGUAUCCUCUCCUAGAGAUGCCAAGAACUCCUUAAAUGACAGUGGAUUUAGUUUUUCUGAACUAGACAGUGAUAGUGCUGCAUCAAGCAAACUAUCCUUGUCAAAGUGCCCUCCAUCUCCAGAAUCAGCCAAAGGCUCCCUCAGAUUCACGUCUAAAAUAACUAAAGCUCACUCACUUAGUUCCUCCCAACUACCACAGGCCACCUCCAUAGUCCACUCCAGUCUUCCCAGGAAGAUAAAACCUACCUCAUCCAUCUCUCAUAGUAGUAGCAGUAGCAGCAGCAGCAGUAGAGAGCCACCAAGGCAAGAGACUAAGCAAGAGGAUCCUUGGCAACGCAAUGACAACCACUCGGAACCUCAGUUUUGUGACUCCAGCAACACCAGCAAAAUUAACAGAAAUCCCCCCAGUGGCAUACCUUCCAGUAAAACAGCCAACAACAGCAACAGUGUACCUCGCCCACCAAAGGUGCAGGGGUCUACCUCAUCCCAGAGGGUGGUCGAUGGUUGUGAGAAGUCAGCCAGUAAGAAUCUCCCAAGCAAAAUGCCUCAGCUAAGACGAGGUGCCACCACCUUGGGAACCGUGCCCGUCAUCCAUUCCUCCACAGACUUCAAGGGAAGCCAGGACAUUAUUGCAUCAACCAUGAGCCUUAAAUUUUCCUCUUUGGGGAAAAACAACAAGGCUAACUCACAGAAGGCGAGUAACCUCCCCAGACCAGGUUGCACCUCGCCUCCUCCUCCUCCAGUGAGAAAAUCAAGUCUUGAUCAUAAGACUAAGACUCUGCUGCCCCAAAGUGCCUUAAAGUCACCAUAUGGGGAGACAGGAAGGGUCUCUGGAGCAAGGGCAGCUGUAUCAGAGGAUGAGCUUGACGUACGUCACAGACUGGACUCCACCAGUUUCAAAACCUCUAGCCUCAACACAGCCAAAGUUACCUCCAGUCUGAAGGCCAGAGGGCCAAGAGGGGAGGCUGGGCAGCAUUAUGGCAGUCAAAUGUCACUGGAAAGGUGUGAAAGUCUGUCCUUAUUGGGUUCCAGAACUGCACUUAGUAGAGAAAAUAGUGGGGCAAGUUUAGGGAGUUACAAAUCAAGCAAGUCUAUUCCAAGAUGUGGUGUUCCUAAUUCAUCCAGUGCUCCUAUAGCUACCUGUCCAGCAUCACCAAGUGGAGGGAAUACUACCAAAUCUGGUCAAGUAAAAGCUUCUGUAAAUCCCAGAGCAUUAGGAGCAGUCAAUGUUAGUAAGGCGCGUUCACUGUCAGCCAACAACUCAAAGGGCCUAAGCUCCUCCAACAAAUCUUUGUCCACUCCCGUGACCAGAAAUGCCAACGCCAACCUCCCGCCAUCAGGACGGACGUCAGCUCCUCGGACCAGCGCUGCUGUUAGUAGUAAGCCUGGAAGAGGAACUAUCAUGGGCACAAAGCAGGCCAUGAGGGCUGCUAACAGCCGUGUGAGCGAACUUGCAACAGGCAACAUAUCAGGCAAACACGUGAGAGGUUCAGGAGAUUCUGACAGUGGGAAUGACAGUGGGGUCAACGUGAGUGAUGACAAAUCUCCCAUAGCCAUGCUGCCCUCCCCAUACAGCAAAAUCACAGCACCAAGACGGCCUCAACGCUACAGCAGUGGCCAUGGCAGUGACAACAGCAGUGUGUUGAGUGGGGAGCUGCCUCCGGCUAUGGGUCGCACAGCAUUGUUCUACCACAGUGGUGGCAGCAGCGGUUACGAAAGCAUGAUUCGUGACAGUGAAGCCACAGGCAGCGCUUCCUCUGCCCAUGAUUCCAUGAGUGAGAGCGGCAUGUCAUCUUCAGGCAGAACAAGAGGCUCCAAGUAUCCCAAGAAGAGAGCAAAUGGCUUCCAGAGGAGACGGCUGAUCCCAGCACCCCUGCCAGACACAUCUUCCCUGGGGAAGAAGGUGGGCACAACAGGUCAGUGGGUGGACUUGCCUCCUAUGCCUGGACCACUGAAGGAGCCCUUUGAGAUCAAGGUGUACGAGAUCGAUGAUGUGGAACGGCUCCAAAGGCGGCGUCAGGAGGAAACCAUAGAGCAACCAUUCCAGGAUGUUGACAAGGGCCUGCUGUAUUUUAACAAUAAGCUGAAAAUACUGGAGAGAAGGCAACAGCAAGUUAGGGAGCUGAGAGUAAAGCAUGAGGUGUUGUUGGAGGAGCUGGAAGACACAAAGGCCCGGUUGAUGAUGGACCCCAGCAAGUGGAUAGGAGAGUUUGAGGUGGACCAGAAUUUGGAUAAGGAGUCUCCAGAGUACCUGGAGGCCCUGGCACAGGCCACAGAGGAGCUGGAGUUCUGUGUCAACAUAUGCAAGUCCCGUGUCAUGAUGGUCACCUGCUUUGACAUCAGUAUGUCGUCGUCUGGCACACAGGAGGGACUGCGUGAAGUGGAAGUCUGAGGACAAAAGAAGGUUGAGGUGGUGAAAUAAGGAAGUGAGAAGAAGGAUGAUGAAGAAAUGUAGCAGCCAGUUUAUAGUUAUCACUGGAAUGAACAACAACCAGAGACAGAGAUGAGAUUGAGAGUGGAAUGCCUGAAAACAGAGGAAAUCUGAACCACCUAACUACAGUGCCUCGUUGUCCAGGACGGGAGGAGUGAAACGUGAGCACAAAUGUUGUUGCCCAAAUGACAAGGCAGUGGCCAUCACUUACUCAAGAGUCACCAACACCUGGAAGUGCCUUUUUAUUGUUUUGUUUUGAGUCAUUAUUUUUCAUAUGGUGCAGGUAUCUAAAGCAUACCCAAGCAAACCCUGAACAUAUUGCUUUUAUGAAAAAUAUUUUAUAUUGCAUUGUAUAGUGUAUUUAUAUGAUCAUGUGGUGUGUACAAAUAUCCUUUUAAGGGGGAAAAAAAGAAAAACAAAAAAAGAUAAAGCAAUAAGCUAAUGUUAUUGCGCUCCCAGACUUUGCCUUUUCUCUUGUUUCAAACCUCAGUCUGCAUUUUAUCCAUCUCCAUUCAGCCUCUUGCGCCUUAUGUUAACUCUCUGGUUCUGUAGUUUUCUAGAUUUUCAAACUGGACUGUGUUAUCUCAUCAAGGACUGCAUUUGCUGAUGUCAGUCAUCACCUGCCAGCUGGUCUGCAAGAAGCUUGCAGCGCUGAGUGAAUGUUUUUUUCCCCUCCAGUUGCCUUGAUCAAAAUGCGUCUCAGUGGAUGGGAGGUUGCGGCAGUUAAUUUGGGGGACAGACGGCUUAUUCAAGCUUGCCCAUGUUUAUCUCCCUGAAUAUGAGAGAUUAAGCCAAAACAUAUCAAUCAAAGGGCCACUGUGAUGGAUAGUGAGCGAUUAUUCUCAAUUCAGACAUUCUCUCUGGUGCCUCAGUAUGUGGUCAUGCAAACCUGAGAGAUUUAAGAUUUCCCCACACUAGCCUAUGAAGAUAGCAUAAUGAAUGGUUACACUGAUAGCAGUGCUCAUCAGUGAGCCUAAUUGUAAGACACUGUAAGUCAAAGGGGCACAGAUGAGAUAGCACAGGUCUACUGGCCUCAUGUCCAGUACUUUUAUAAGCGCUGCCAAUCCUUGGCUCUAUGCAUUCCAAUACAUUUACUGUAAUUACUGUAAGAACCUCAGUACUAACUUAAGGGCAACAUCAUAGUUUUAGCCUCUAAUGUCCCCUACCUUUUUUUUUUAAAUAGGCAAAUUAAUAAAUUUGAAUGAGUGUCAAAAACAAUGACUCCAGAAUUGUUAGUUUCAUGUGAAAUGAUGCAGUGAAUAAGAGCAAAUGAUCAUCACAUUGUUUAGCAAAAUCAAUCAUGAUAUCAGCUCUUUGAAGCUGCCAGAAUGUGUUUGUUUAGAAAUCAAAUGGUUGAUGCAGAGAGAACAAAGAUGAUCGGUGAAAAUGAUUGUUAAGAAAAACAAACUGGCUUUGUUGUACUUUGGUGUGUUUGAUUUCUAUAUCUAUGACAAAAAUGACUUUGUUUUCUUUCUUUUACAAAGAUGUACUCUCUCAGGCCCUCUCUGAAGAUGCUGCAUGAGAUUUUUUAGUCAUUUCUAAAAAUGAUUUCUACUCCAUUUUUACCAUUCUAAUUUUUUACAACAACUUCAGUUUUCAAUGAUGCGGGGCUAGGCUCAUGAAUUAAAUAAACUGUUACCAAACCAAGACCUUUUUCCAAUAAAUUAUUAUAUGUAAGGUCAUAUUUCAUAUCAAAACCCAUAUUUUUGAAUCUCUUUGUUUUUGUAUAGGACUUUCAGACCCUAUGUAUAAAUGUAUGAUACGGCAGCUUGUGUUUUACUUUUACAGUACCUGUGAAUAAAAUGGUUCUACAUACUGA